UCACACAGAGAGAGAAAGGAGGACACAUGGACAGCAGCACUGAGAGAUAUUCUUCAGAAGAUCAUUGAGGCUCCACAGAUACAAAUGUGUAAAGGCAGACUGAUUUACACACGUUUACAACGAUCGGUCAGUGUUACUCUGAGUUGCCACGGUGACAGGCGAGCUGGAGGGCAGCAGGUUGUCGGCUGAAGCAGAUAUGUCCCUGUUGGACUGUACCGGAGCCAGAAUCUCUGGCUGUUGGUCCCUGAGGUCUGACCGCAGUGGGAGCGGGGAGGACUCGUUGGACCGGCUCCUGCCCCCCACCGGGGCCCCUCGCAGGAAGAGCACUACCUCACUGAGUAAAACAGAGCCUCCUCUGCUCCGCACAGGCACACGCACCAUCUACACCGCCGGCCGACCGCCCUGGUAUGACGAGCACGGAGCGCAGUCAAAAGAGGCCUUUGUCAUCGGGUUGUGUGGGGGCAGCGCCUCAGGGAAGACCACCGUGGCCAAUAAGAUCAUUGAGGCUCUGGAUGUGCCGUGGGUUGUGCUGUUGUCUAUGGAUUCUUUCUACAAGGUUUUAUCCUCAGAGGAGCAGACUUUGGCAGCGAGCAACGACUACAACUUUGACCAUCCGGGGGCAUUUGACUUUGAGCUGCUGGUCGCCACCCUGCGAAAGCUGAAGCAGGGCAGGAGUGUGAAGAUCCCGGUGUAUGAUUUCACCACACACGGAAGACAGAAAGACUGGAAAACUGUGUACGGAGCCAGUGUAAUCAUAUUCGAAGGAAUUAUGUCUUUUGUGGACAAAGAGCUUCUUCAGCUCCUGGAUAUGAAAAUCUUUGUGGACACAGACUCCGACAUUCGGCUGGUCCGCCGGCUGCGCAGGGACAUCACAGAGCGCGGACGGGACAUUGAAGGCGUCAUCAAGCAAUACAACAAGUUUGUGAAGCCGGCCUUCGAGCAGUACAUUGAGCCAACCAUGAGGCUGGCUGAUAUCGUUGUGCCGAGAGGUGGUGGCAAUAUGGUGGCCAUCGAUCUGAUAGUCCAGCAUGUUCACAGCCAGCUGGAGGAGCGUGAGCUCAGUGUCAGGGCGCUCCUGGCCUCCGCUCAGCAGAAUCAGCCGCUGCCUCAGACGCUCAACGUGUUGGAGAGUACGCCGCAGGUCAAAGGCCUGCACACCAUCAUCAGGAAUAAAGAAACCAGUCGAGAUGAGUUCAUCUUCUACUCAAAGAGAUUAAUGAGGCUUCUCAUAGAAUAUGCUCUAACGUUUCUACCAUCUCAGCCGAGUGUCGUCCAGACUCCACAGGGUUAUGAGUACGAGGGUCGCAGCUACAACGGGAAAGGGAUCACCGGUGUGUCGGUCCUGCGGGCGGGAGAGACCAUGGAGCCCGCCCUGAGGGCCGUGUGCAAGGACGUCCGCAUCGGCAAGAUCCUCAUCCAGACCAACCUUGACUCAGGCGAACCAGAGCUGCAUUACCUGCGUCUGCCCAAAGACAUCAGCGAAGAUCAUGUCAUCCUAAUGGACAGCACUGUCUCCACCGGCGCUGCUGCCAUGAUGGCAGUACGAGUCCUAUUGGAUCACGAGGUUCAGGAGGAAAAGAUUGCGUUGGUGUCGCUGUUGAUGGCAGAGCUCGGGGUGCACUCUGUGGCCUACGCCUUCCCGAAGGUCAAAAUCAUCACCACCGCUGUGGACAAGAGUCUGGACGAUCUGUUACAUGUAAUUCCUGGUAUCGGGGACUUUGGGGACCGGUACUUUGGGACAGACGGGUCCAACAUCUACAACGACGAGGACCGGGCGCAGCCGUCAUACUGACGCACACAUCUGUGAGCCACUGUGAAAGAAAACGCAAACACUACUUGAAAACUCCUGUUAUUGUGCAUCCACCCCUUCAGCAAAAAAUACCUGUAAUAUUCACUUUUUCUGUACGUGAACUUUUGUACUCUUAUACAACAGAUGGGUCUCGGUCAAGUUGUAUGCAGGAGGGACAUUUUGCUCUAUUUACAACUGAGUGUUCAUAAUUUUCAUGCAGAAGGGUCAAACAGUGCCAUUACCUUUGAGGUACAAUAAUGCAAUAACCGUGUUAUUGUAUACUAAAUCAUUUUAUUCAGGAUUGCACCAGCUGUUCGGGAACCCCGUUCUUAGUAACUACUAGAUAUUUUCAAACUAGCAGUGAGGUUACAAAUUGCAACCAACUGAAAAUGCGAAUGCUUACAUCUAGAGCCAGUGUUUGGUAACGAAAAUACAACGAUUCUUAUUUUCAGACCAGAAAAAAAGGUCAGAAAACAUAAUUAUUAAUAUUAUAUUCCAUUUUUGCCAAUAAAUCCCCCUAAAUGCUCACACUGUUCCUUUAAAACUUAACUAGUAAUGUGUAAAUCGGUUGCUAGCAAACACGGAAAACUGUCCUAUCGCAAUCAACUGUGUAAGCAUAAUGUCCCCCAACUGACGUUAUUAGCGGUAUACUGUGUUAUUUUUGUGAAAUGUAAUUUCAAAUCAUCAGUUUUGUAAGUUGGUUCAGUUAGCUAUGCUACAGUUUCACCUGUAGCAGUUGUUUAGUAACUAAUCUCUAUGUGAGAACUAGUUUUUAUGGUGCAGCCCAUUUUAAUUUAAUGAUUCAUAAAUCUUCACUUAGUGAAACACGUUAUAACUUCUUUGCUCUUUUUAAAAAAAAAAAAAAAAAAA